CCCCUAUCUAUAUAACACAGGGAACAAUUCAUUCUGUGAAAGGGAAUCGUCUGCUCUUUCACAAUCGCACCUGAUCGCAAGUCCAAAAGAAUCAAUUUGUCCAAUUCCUCCACGAUUGCCCACCCUCCACCAGAAAAAGGGCUUCAUAUUUUCAUGCUGAUCAAAUAAAGGACUCCAUUGGUGCAUGAUCUUUUAUUGGUAGACAGUUGGGUUGCCUCUUCAAAAUGAACCCAUGUGGUGAUGAUCAAGAUGAAGCAACUGUAGUGGGAUUCGAAGUUCCAAACUCGCCAGAAUCCAGCUACAAUAACGUGUACCUGGGAAAUGAAGACGAGGCACGUGACCCGCCUGUGGUCCCUCCACAACUGCCACACACAUUGCUAAACCAUCCGACAAGCAGAGACCAUUCUGGAUCUCUUCCAUUGCCGCAAAAUGUGAUCCUCAAUCAUCUUUACAUCGAGAACAGCAGGGAACCCACGCGACCUGUUGUGGCACUUGGGAUCACCCAUCGCUUCCGUUCAAAGUUUGUCACUGUGGUGCUCUACAAACCUGUUCAAAGAAGGGGAAGUACCAGCAAUUGAUGUUCAUAGUGUACAACAUUACAGGCCUUUAUUCGUGUUUGUUUGUUUGUCCUCUAUAUCUGUACUCCACAUUAUCGGCGGCAUCAUAUAAAACCUGAAUGGGAAAUAGCAGCAUAUAUAUCUCGUGUUUAUGCUGAUGGAGCUUCGGGUGAACCUAGGUUGUUUCCUUGAUAAUUGUCUGGACAUGAAUCGUCAUCAUCAUCAUCAUCAUCAUCCAUUAAGUGUGGUCAGAAUAGAUAUCGUUCUAUAAUUAAGUUUUGUUUGUUAUUCCUAACAUCUCUUUAACUUGCUUAA